CUUGUAUUCCCCUGUCAAAACCAAAACAAACGAAAGGCGAUGGCAAAGUCGUUGCAAAGAUUUAUUGAAAAUGAUUUCUUAAGAGAUCUUAAGAGUAACUUGUGGUCGACGGCAUUCAUUUACUUAGAUAUUCAAGGCUGCAAUGCUCAUGAGUUUCGCAAUUUUUUAGCAGACACAUGGGUAGACUUUGCCAAUAACAAAGAACCCAAAGUUGUCGGAAAGUCUCUUUGUGAAUUGUUCAGAGGAGCAUUCAUCGAUUUACUAGUAGAAACACAGAAACAAGAAGGUGUUGACAAUAUAAAACAAAAGACCAUUCAGUGUCUUGAAGACUUUUUGAAGGCUGGGGAUGAAGUAACAUUUCACUCAAAAUGUCUUCAAGAAAUGACAACGAAAUCAGAAAAACUGAAAAAGGAAGAAAUUCAGGCUGUUUUAGCAGUUCAUCUUUUCACUCCUCUGUUAUUUGAAGGAGAAGUUAUUGCUGAUAGUUUGUCUUACAAUAGUGAAACAUCUUCAAAGAAGAAUCAAAAUCCUGAACCUGAAUGUCCAUUUUGUAUCCAACAUGUUAAAACAGGCAACACAAAUUUCGGAUGCAAAAGAUUGUGGCAUGGCAGAGCAGAUAUAGUUAUUAAAAACAGAGAAUGCAGAAAUGUAGUUAAGGUGGCAUCUGAUUGGAUAGAAAAUAUAGAAGAAGGACAAUGUGAACCUGCUUUGAAAAAGGCCAGGCUUGAUCAAGAUGUUGAAGAUCUCUUAGAUUCAAAUAGUUUUGCAGAAGUGGAACCAUCAUAUAUACAGGAUAAAGCAGUCCAUCAACUUCUAUUUGAAAGGGAGUACAUGGAAGCCAUAACUCAGACAAUUGUCAAUGCAUUUGUUGCUGUAAAAAAGAACAAACAAUUAGAGAAUCAUCUCAUACCUUCAUUUUUUGUUACCACCCAUUGUUUGUUUAUCAAUUUUUACAAUGUAAGUAAGGAUAUUUUACUUGCACAGAGCAAGCCUUUGCUUUUUUUCCAGAAAGGUAAAAUCAAUUUUGACACUAUCAUUGCCCUAUGGAUGGCAUUAAACUAUGAAAAGCUAACUGUUGGUUCUAUAGAUGAGGAUUAUAAGAAAUCUGGUCUUAGAAAAUGCCUUACUGAAUUAGGUGUCCUUGAUAAGUAUGAAAACGAGGUUGAAUCAGAGUUUAUUUCUGCACAGAAACCUAUGACAACUUCUGGAGAAACAGAUUACUAUAUUAACAUAGAGAAAACUUUUGAAAUACUAAAAGAGUUUAAAAAGAAAGCAAAUUUGGAAAGAUAAAGCUAAGUAUCAGUUUAUACAAUCAUACUUGUGGUCCACCAAAUUUUUAGAUUUGUCCUUCACAGCUGGAAAACGAUUCUUUGUGACAUCAUUGACCAGUUAGUUCUAAAGGCUGUAUUCCUGCAAAAUGAAAAUCAUUGUGACCAAACCAGUGGUUGAAAGAAUAGAAAAAUGUGACUCUGUAAACACAUCAUUUAAUCACAUUACUGAAUUGUUCAUCCACUUAUUUGUCAGUUUUCAGCAGUUUAUAAAUGAUAUUGACCACAAAUUUUCAGCAUUUGCUCUACAUUAAGUUAUUAUAUAUGUUGAAAUUUGCAGUGACUUAAACAUGAAUCUUGACAGAUUUAUCCUUAUUCAGACAUAUCUGGAAAGUCUCAUUUGACUAACUGUUUGUUGAUUAAUUGUAUGUAAUCAGUAAUGAGUCAUUUUGCCAUUUCAAAUUACAUUUAAUCAAUUACAGUGAGAACAAAAAACAUAGAUGUAAUCAAAUUACAUAAAUUCAGUUUACAUUUUAGAGACAAAUGUGAGUAGGGCUGUUAAUUUGAAGUAUUUCUUUUUGAAAGACAUAUUCAUCUAAUUUCUAUUAUUUAGCUUAGAAAGAAGAUAUUUCCUUCGUAUAGUAUAAUUUGUCAUUAUACUUUAUAUAUAUAUCUUGUUAAUUGUUAUGAAAUACAAGAAAUAAACUAAAAUUGUGAA